UAAUGCACGCACUCUCAUUUCUCCAGCGAGUGCUCACGUACUUCUUCUUCUACGUCCUUGUUGAUACUAAGGAAACUCACAUAUGGGAAAACUACAUAUCAAAAGAGCCAGUAUUUAGUAGUCGGGAGCUAUAUCCUCAUCUCAACAAAGAGGUUCAGAAAAAGAUAGUGCAGUACCACAACUAUUUUCGCAGAGCUGUGCGACCGUCGGCCUCCAAUAUGCUGGAAAUGACAUGGUCUGAGGAGGCCGCAAGCUUGGCUCAGUUGCACGCAAGCCGCUGUGAAUUUAUAGAGCACAGUCGAGCGCGUUUUAGAACAAUACCAAAUUACGGACAGUGUGGGGAGAACCUAUUUGCCUCUAAGGCCGUUUCGCAAUGGUACACUGGUAUAGAAAGUUGGUUCAGUGAAUACGAGAUGUACCGCUAUGGGUCGUCGUCCAUGCAGCGACUUUACGAAGAGAUAGGUCACUAUACGCAAAUGGUGUGGGCCACCACUCACAAAGUUGGAUGUGGGAUGGAGUACUGCAAGGGUGGGCCAUGGGAAGAUUAUUACCUCUACAUUUGCCAUUACUGUCCUGGUGGAAAUCAAAUGGUUGAAUUCCCUUACAAAGUGGGACCGCCGUGUGCAGACUGUCCAUCCGACUGCAACUUAUCCCUUUGCACCAACUCGUGUUCAAGACAAGAUUAUUACGGCAACUGUGAUCAAUUGGUACCUGAUGCUUGUAACGAGGGAGUAUGUAAUGCCACUUGCGAGUGCACUGGAAAACUAUAUAAAAAUUAUCCGUGGAAAUAUAGCACUUAA